CAUGACGACAGGUCCAAGGUGAAUGUGAUAAUUCAUGUGUUUAGUAACUUUUUAAAUGCUAGUGCUCACCCUGUCCAAGUUCACUGCAGGGACACUACUUGUGAGAGGAGCAAAUCAUAGAGGCCUGUAGGAUGGCCCAGGCAGACAGCAAGGUGCUAGUCCUGGGAGCACUGGCUGGAAUGGCCGGCAUAGGCUUGGCUGUGGUGGUUUACCAAGGCUUCAGGUCCGGACGAAGAGGCUCAUGGCCGGGCUUCUACCUCAACCGCAACGACGAACAGACUACCAGCCUCAUGCUGGUGGACGGUCCAGGUAUGCCCAGGGGUCAGGCUGUGGUGCUGGAGCGCCUCGAGGCCCUCAUCCAGUGCGUGUCAGAGCUGAAAGACGAGAUGAAGGCGUUAAAGGAAGCUCUGCCGACGCUGCCCGACCAAGUUAGGGAAGAGCUGAGGGGACGCGACGGGGCCGAGGCGCGUCGGGUUAGUCCCCUUCACAGGACCACGCCGACACGGAGGAAAAGGGCCGCGGGCACCGUCUCCGGGGCCAGACCUUCAGGACGGAGCUCAGAGGAAGCAGAGAGUGAGGGAGGGUAUAUGACUGCACUGACAGACUCUGAGGAAGAGGAGCAAAGCGAUGCAGAAGCGGGUGGCGAAGAACAGCCUGCGGACAAGUUGUCUUCCUUCCUCGAGAGGAUCGACCGUUUGCAUCAAGGCACUGAGUCUGACAAAAGAGAAAGUCUCAAUAUCCUACUAGAGCAGAGAGAAGAGUUUGGGCAGAACUCGACAUUUCUUUGGCGACUCAUCAGAGCUCACUGUGAUGUUCAUGACGUCAGCUCUGCUCUGGAAGAAAAGAAGAUCCACGCAGAAACCGGAAAGAAAGUUGGUGAGGAGGCGGUGAGGCUGAACCCAACAUGUGCUGAAAGUCAUCAGUGGUAUGCCAUCAUGUGUGGAAUGAUGGCAGAAUACGACACAGUACAGAACAAGAUAAGGAACGGAUACAUCUUUAAGGAUCAUCUGGAUAAAGCCAUCGAGCUGAAGCCGCAAGACCCCAUGUCCUACUACCUGCUGGGCCGCUGGUGCUACGCUGUGGCCCAGUUAUCCUGGAUUGAAAGGAAAGUCGCCGCCACGUUAUUUGGAGAACCUCCAAGCGCAACAGUGGCAGACGCGCUGAAGAAUUUUCUUAAGGUUGAGGAGCUCCAGUUGGGAUAUUCCAAACUCAACUACGUGUUUCUAGCUAAGUGCUACAAAGACCUGGGGCAGAGGGAAAACGCUAAGAAGAUGGUUCAAGCCGCUUGUUCAAUGAAUGCCGGUUCGAAAGAGGAUGAAGAGGCACAGAAGGAGCUGGACUUACUCUGCCCAGCGCUCGGAGUGUGACAUCACUGUGCAACACCGCAACCUUAUGGGAAUUUGUGUGUGUGCGUGCGUGUGUGUGUGUGUGUGUGCGUGUGUGUGUGUGUGUAUUGAAUUCAGAGGCCAUCAUUUUAAUUCACUCUGUGAGUGGAGGGAGGUGAGCUGUGGCAUUAUAUCAUCAUUGGGAACAAUAGGCUGUUAGUCAGAACCGUCCUACAGGUUUUUUUUAAUUGGUGUGUUAGACAAAUUUUUUAAAUAGUGAAAAACAAGUUUAACCACUUUACAAAAUAAUCUAAUUCAUUAGUUUGCCCAAUCUCAAAUAAUCAUCAAAUGUGAAAAGUGGGCAGAGAUCUCAGUUGUUUUUAAAGAUUGUACAGAAAACUGGAUAAAUCAUAAAUUGUAGUGAAUUCAUUGCCACUGUUAGUAUGUGUUAUGUAAACACUGUUGAUCUAUUUGUACAGCAGCUGUGUGUUACAAACGUUCUCUCUGAGGUCUGCUGGCUCUGAUACGCAGUCCAGAGUGUGUCUCGAGGAUACGUUUCCUUGACGACAAAGAAGGACACUUCACUUUUUGGGAAAGUGACCCACAGGACUUGUUGUUCCUUCCUGUUCCGUCCUGUUUUUUUCGUUGAGUGUCCCGCCACACGUUCAAGUGGCAAUAACAAAAGCACACCAGACAAUAGCGCACCCAAACAAAGAUCUUGGAAUGCCGUGACCACUGGAUGACCUCCUGCCCUCUACACUCUGCCGAACAUGAAUGCUCUGUGGCUACAUUUACAUGCAGGCAGCAAGCUGAUUACCUUCCUGACUUUCUAAAAUAAUUACACUACGCAGUGAACACACAGUCUCUUUUAUAGUGUCUUUCAUGAGAUCUCUAAACUGUGGUUGUUGACUCUGGCUUGUGUCCAGGAGGGAAGUGAACCACAAUUCAUCAUAGACUUACCUCCUGCCACUCAGCUAUUGUGACAGUAAUGCCACUCUAGUACAAUUCAGCGUAUUAAACUAAGACAUAACACACAGAAACAGAAGAUCAUUUGAUUGAUUUAAAGUGUGGCAGAACUGUUUUUAAAUAUCCCAUCAACAGCCUUCACUUCAUCUCUAUUCAGAACUGUCAGUUUUUCACAGUUAAAUAUAAUCACAUAGUUAUGUUGUUUCAAACAUUUAAACUAUGGAUUACCACCUCUGCAUAUUCAGGGGUUCUGAACAGGAGAUAGUUUUUUUCCCCAGUUGUAACCCUGCAGAAGGGUUCAUCUAAGUGCUUGUGAUUUCUCACAGGUUUUCCUCCCCUGUUUAUAUGGUUUUCUGACUCCCGCUCAGAUUUCAUAGCUCUUACAUUGUUUUUAAAUCUGCGCAAUCAAAAGUUGCUUUUAUUGAGACAUCUGGUUUUUUAUGAACUCCUACAGAUGUCAGAGAAAGUAGAGAGGCAUCCUAAACACGGCACUCUAACAAGUAAAAAAAAAAAAUGGCUUCAUGUUUAUAGAAGGCUACUAUUACACUGCACAUAUACAGCACCUAAUUAUACUGCUAACAGUUAAAUUAAGGUUUUUCUCAUGUUUCAGUUGAUGUGAAAAACACCCUGCUUCACCAGCCACAUGAUCUAUAAUGUUUCAUACACGUAAUGUCUUAAGAUGUUUAUUUUCGUCGAAGUAAGUGGAAACUUCCUGUGAGAUCAGGUGUCAUCGGUGCACUGAAGAACCAAUCAUGUAGCUCGAUGAAGGUGCUAUAAAUCACCUCACUGCUUUGCAUGUAAAUGGAGUCACUGAAGGAAAGUUGUGUUCUAGUUUUCCUCUGUGUGUCUCUGUGGCAGAAAUAUUGGACCUAUGGCUCUCUGAUAAUACUCUAAAGAAUAUGAGGCUAGAAAUAUUGGUACGAUUCUACCUUUAAAACAAACAAAACAAAAACUAAAUUUUCUCUUCAUUAGGUUGAAACUGAAAAGUAUAUUUCACAUUGAAUAUAACUGAUAAUGUUGCUUUUGAUUUACAACAUAUUAUUCAAAAUAAAACAAAUGAAAAUGGCAUAGACAAAAUGAUUGGUACCCUUAACUUAAUGCCUUGUAGUUCAGCCUUUGGAGGCAAUAACUGCAGUCAAGAACCUUCUGUACCUUCUCCCAACUGCAAAUAUCAGCUCUUUCCACUGGGAUGGUAUUCAGAUUAGGACUCAUAGCAGGCCACUUCAGAGCCUCCUCCAUGUCUUACAGUAGACAUGGUGUUCUUUUCUUUUGAAGGCUUCAUUUUAUCUUCUGUAAAUAUGGGGUUGGUGUGCUUUUCCGAAAAGCUCUGAUUUAGUUUCUUCAGUCCAAGGCACGUUCUCUCAGAAGGACUGUGGCUUGUCAAAAGUCCACUCUGGCUUUAUUUUGUUUCCCCUCUUAGAAGUGGUCUUCCUGGGUCCACCAUAUAGCCCAUUUUCUUUCAGAUAGUGACAGAUGGUGGGACUUGAAACUAUUCUACCUUGAACUUCAAGAUCAGCUUGGAUCUGCACUGAAGUUUUCCUUGGUUCUUUCUCCAUCAUUCAUGCAACCCUUCUUUUCAAUCUCAAGCCAAUUUUCCAUUUAUGACCACAUCCUGAGAUGUUGGCUACGGUUCCACUGGCCUUAAACUUCUUAAUAAUAUUGGCAGUACUGAUCACAGGGACAUCAAACUCUUUGGAGAUGAUCUUGUAACCUUUACAUUGACCACACUUGGCUAUUACCUUUUUCUUAAUCUCCUCCGACCACUCUCUCAAGUUUUCCUUCUGUUUUCCAUGGUCAGACAGCAGUUUGUAAUUUCCUCCUUUUAAACUGGCUGCAUGAGUGAUUAUAUGACUGAAAACACAUGCGAUACUAAUUAAAAAACAAUAGCCUCCUUAAAGUAUCACUACAAAUCAAUUGUUUCUUACGACUUCAGAAGGGUACCAAUAAUUUUGUCCAGGCUAUUUUUUAACGUCUUUGUGGAAGAAGCACAAGUUCAGUUAUUUUCACGACUUUUCUGUCUUGUUCCACGGCAAACCAAACACAGACACGCACUGAUGAUAAAAUAUCUCCUCAUUUCAGCACAGUUCAGGGCGAAUGGUUUAUUAUUUUAAUAAAAUGCAAGGGUACCAAUCAUUUCGGCCACGUCUUUAACAGAGGAUGCAAACCCAUUGCUCUGGCACGAUGUGAUGACUGCAUUCCAGAUCAGAUUACCCCCCCCACUCAAAUGUGACACGGUCAAAGUGAGGUUAUAUUUAAAUGUUGCUUUUAUUUUAUGCAUUCCUAAUUAUUUUACAUUUUUUAAUGAUUUUACUCAAUCUCUAUGCAUUUUAGACAUGCAUAUUCUGAGUUUUUUAUUCUGUUUACUCUUGAGAUUUAUUUAGGUGGAUUCUGUGGAUUUGGGGUCUGAUUGAUUUUAAUUGAAAAAAAAAAAGUUUUCAUUUGUCACUUUACAGAUUUUUCUACCAGCACUACGAAUGUAUUUGAUUUUCUUCAAAUGCCAAAGCAAGUACAAUAUCCCUCAUAAUUAUAUCUAAACGGAUACACUACAUAGAGAUUAUACUGUACAAUGUCAUGGAUGGUAUGCACUGAAUGAUUAAUGGUACCGGAGACUAUAAUUAAAUCUGUGCAAUAUGUGUGAUAUGUGUUGCCGGUUUGACGUUUGUCUUUCUUGUAUGAGAACAUAAACUUGUUUGUGUGCUUGUAAGUUCUGUUGCUGUCUAUGAGGAAUACCCUCGUGCAAUACUUCAUGUAAUCUGUAAGUUAUCAUUAAAAUUCACACUGAUUUUUUUUUUAUUAUGAACUUAACUGUUCUUUGUCCAACAAAAAAACGGAAUAACAGGCUCCUGCAUGAGUAAAAAUGAUUGUGCAGUUUUAAGGCUUCCCUUUUCCCCAGACUACAUUUUGUGCCAGGACAAUUUAGGAUUUGUUACUGGAUCUUAUUCAGGACAACUUCCCGCCAGUCUAGUCAUGUUUGAGCUUUUUUUUUUUUUUUUCCAUGGUCGAGCCACU